GCAGGUUUGGCAAAUACAAAUAUGAAAUUAUCCGUUUUGUUUAUCGCGAUGCAGCUGAUGGUGCUGCUGGCUGCACAGGCGGUUGACCUUUCGCCGCAGCAGCAGGAGGCGGAUGUGGCAGCCAGCUUGAUGGAGCUGCAAGGGGAGCUGGCCCAUCCAUGGAGCAGUCCGUGCAUCCACGACUGCCUCGCGGAGAGGGGCAGGCUGGGUGAAUGUCAGCAGGUCGAGCAGCAGUUCGACUGCACAAUGUACUGCAUGUUUGAUGCCAAGUCGCGCUAUUAA